AUGCAGAAAUCUGCCGUGUUUCAGGGCGCUGGCGUGUUACUGCGUGAUUCUGGGAAGCUCCCGGCGGAGCUGAAGGCCGAGGUUUGCACGCCUGGAGGGACCACUAUUCACGGCAUCCACGCGCUGGAGAAGGAAGGAUUCAGAGCGGCUACGAUGGGAGCUGUAGAGGCCGCGACCGAAAGAGCCAGAGAUCUUGGGAAGAAUGUUGCAGUUGAACAGUCUCUGGAUCUGGCUCGUCUGUUUCUGUGGGUUCUGAGGGAGUACGACGAGGUGGAGCCCAUCAUUCUGUCAGUCGGGGAGGAGGAUGAGUUGACUGUAAAGGAUGCUGUGGACGCUGUGGUUGAAGCGUUCGGGUUCGAAGGGGAAGUGAUUUAUGACACUAGUAAAUCAGACGGUCAGAUCAAGAAAACCGCCAAUAACGCCAAACUGCGCAAAUACCUGCCAGACUUCAAGUUCACGCCGUUCAAACAAGCCGUCAAGGAGACGUGUGAUUGGUUUGUGGCCAAUUAUGACACCGCCCGUAAAUGAAGAUCUUCACAUCAGAUUGGCUGUGGGGAGCUUGAACAACCGAAGCCAUACUGAUCGGACACU